CUCUGCUGCCCAAUGGGCAUGUGGCAGAGUCUGUUGAUCGCGUGAUGGGCUAGCCAAUGGGCGCGCUGUAGAGACGGUCUAAGCGUCUCUCGUGCUCUGUCUUUUCCCGAAUGAGGGGGCCCCUCCUCUCCACCUGAGACCCGCUUGCUGGCUGGGCCCCUCGCAACGCGUGUGGGGGCCGGGGGCUGUAACGUGAUGAGCCGAGACCCUGCGAAGGGAGAGGGAAGGCUCUGGCCUCGGUCGCGGGGUGAGGCGGCAGCGGCGGGUCCAGCCGGGAGCGACAGCGGCUGCUGCGCAGGGCGGCCCGGGCCUGCCUGGUAAAGGAUCGACCCCAAACCGCCCUUUACAGGAUACAAUGAGGAAACCUCUAAGGAAUUCUAGGUUGUUGCUGGCAGUUGGGGGAAAAAGACUCCCUCUCAAAGCUGUUUAAAUGAGAAUGUCCCUGGCGCAGAGAGUGCUGCUCACAUGGCUUUUCACAUUACUCUUCCUGAUCAUGUUGGUGUUAAAAUUGGAUGAUAAAGCACCAUGGAACUGGUUUCUUAUCUUUAUUCCAGUUUGGAUAUUUGAUACUAUCCUACUCGUUAUGCUAAUUGUAAAAAUGGCUGGGCGAUGUAAAUCUGGCUAUGACCCUCGCAAUGGUUCUCAAAAUGUAAAGAAAAAGGCCUGGUACCUCAUCGCAAUGCUGCUUAAAUUAGCUUUCUGCCUUGCCCUCUGCGCUAAACUGCAACAAUUUACUGAAAUGAAACUAGUGUAUGUCUUUAUCCCCUUAUGGGCCUUACUCAUGGGGGGAAUGAUUGAGCUUGGAUAUAACAUCUUCUACGUACGAAGAGACUAAGUUGUAACAAAACUUUUUCAAGUUGACCAGUAUCAAAUUACUAGAUCAUCCUAUCUUGGUACAAGCUUAAACUUCACACAGCAAUUACAAAUGUCAGUCUGAAAAUUUUAUUUAAGACAGGCUGGUAUUAAAGUGGAUUUGUUCAGUUCUUAUUUUAGAACUGUCACAAAUAUCGUCAUGUAAAUAAAGUAUGUUUGACUUCA